AUGGAUGAGGCAAAGCACAAGGGAGUGCUGACCGUCAACGCCCCCAAUCCAAUGCCUCAUAUCUUUCCACAGGCGGUGGUGACAACAAAUGGCUUUGUUUUCUGCUCCGGCUCCAUUGCAAUGGAUCCUAAGACUCUCAAGCUCAUCGAUGGAGAUAUACAGGCACACACUCACCAGGUGAUCCGCAAUCUAUCAGCCGUCCUCGAAGCCGCUGGCAGCAGCUUGAAAAAAAUUGUGAAAAUCAAUAUUUUUCUCGAUGAUAUGGAUAACUUCAACAAAAUGAAUGAAGUCUAUACCCAAUACUUUACCGAAAAUUUGCCCUGUCGCACGUGUGUAGCAGUUAAGGCUCUACCCCUCCACACGGAUAUUGAGAUGGAAUGCACGGCAAUGCUAUAG